AUGCAGGUGGCCAAACUGAAGAAGAAAUAUGGGAUAGCGAUCGAGCUGCUGGUCGAACUGGCGUCGUUACAGCACAACUUCCGGGUCCUCGACCAGGUAAUCAAAGAAACGAAUCGUCGCGUGAACGCUCUCCGGUACAUCAUCAUACCGCGAUUAGAACGAACCCUUGCAUACAUCAUCACCGAACUCGACGAGUACGAGCGUGAAGAGUUCUAUCGUCUUAAGAAGAUACGGGAACAGAAGGCAAGACGGCGAGCUGGAAAGUCCUCACAUGAUCUAACUCGAAACCCGGGCCAUGCGGACAUGCUCGACAACACGGAGGAGGAUCUUCUUUUUUAA